AUGACUGCGCCCAGCGUGGCACAGACUUUCUGGAAUGGGCUCAGUCAAAAUGUUCUCAGAGCAGCAUCCAGCAGAAAAUAUGCCUCAGAAGCAAUUAAAGGUGCUGUUAUUGGAAUUGAUUUGGGCACAACCACCUCCUGCGUGGCAGUUCUGGAAGGAAAGCAAGCGAAAGUGCUGGAAAACUCUGAAGGUGCCAGGACAACCCCUUCAGUUGUUGCAUUCACAGGUGAUGGCGAGCGCUUGGUUGGGAUGCCAGCAAAGCGGCAGGCGGUAACUAACCCCCACAACACCUUCUACGCCACCAAGCGUCUCAUCGGACGGCGCUAUGAUGACUCUGAAGUGAAGAAUGAUAUUAAAUAUGUUCCAUUUAAAAUUGUCCGUGCCUCCAAUGGUGAUGCCUGGGUAGAGGCUCAUGGGAAACUCUAUUCUACAAGCCAGAUUGGUGCCUUCGUACUAAUGAAGAUGAAGGAAACUGCAGAAAAUUACCUGGGGCAUGCAGCAAAGAACACUGUGAUCACAGUCCCUGCUUACUUCAAUGAUUCUCAGAGACAGGCUACAAAAGAUGCUGGGCAGAUGGCUGGCUUGAAUGUUUUGAGGGUGAUUAAUGAGCCAACAGCAGCUGCACUUGCCUAUGGUUUGGACAAGUCUGAAGACAAAGUUACAGCAGUCUACGAUUUGGGUGGUGGCACUUUCGAUAUCUCCAUUUUGGAAAUCCAGAAGGGAGUCUUCGAGGUGAAGUCCACCAAUGGUGACACUUUCUUAGGUGGAGAAGAUUUUGACCAGGCUUUGAUCCAGUAUAUUGUUAAAGAGUUCAAGAGAGAGAUGGGUGUUGACCUGACUAAAGACAACAUGGCCCUUCAGAGGGUGAGGGAAGCAUCGGAGAAAGCCAAGUGUGAGCUUUCAUCAUCUGUGCAGACUGACAUCAACUUGCCAUACCUUACUAUGGAUGACUCUGGACCAAAGCACUUGAACAUGAAGCUGAGUCGCUCGCAGUUUGAGGGCAUUGUAGCUGAUCUGAUCAAAAGGAGCCAGAAAGCCAUACAGGAUGCUGAAGUCAGCAAGAGUGACAUCGGUGAAGUCAUCCUCGUUGGUGGCAUGACCAGAAUGCCAAAGGUGCAGCAGACUGUACAGGAUCUGUUUGGCCGUGCUCCUAGCAAAGCUGUUAAUCCUGAUGAAGCUGUUGCUAUUGGUGAAGCUAUUCAAGGUGGUGUGUUAGCUGGUGAUGUUACUGAUGUGCUACUGCUGGAUGUAACUCCCCUCUCCUUGGGGAUUGAGACACUGGGAGGUGUCUUCACAAAGCUCAUCAACAGGAAUACUACCAUACCAACAAAAAAAAAAGGUCUUAGAACCCAUCCUCUCUCUUUCCCUCCUGUCUCCUGGCUGCUCACCUGA